GCAACCAUCGUGCUAGUGGAUGCCAAGCGAAAACCUUGGUUCUGCAAGAAGUGCAGGAAGGUCGGUCACAAGGAAAAGUUUUGUGACACUUUACGACAAAAGAAGACUGCGGGUCGCACAGAGGCGACGCAGAAAACUCAGCAUACUAAAGAGAAGUUCUCGAGGAACAGAAACAACAGAGGUCCGAGAAAACAAGUACGAAUCGUCAAGAUUGCAAAUGCAGCAGUUCAAGCAAACUCUUCCCGUGUGUACAUCGACGCUGUAGUGAACAACUACUCUGUCAAAUUCCUUCUCGAUACUGGAUCAGACAUCACGUUACUGAACGAGAAGAUUUGGAAGAAGAUGGGCUCCCCAGCAUUGGAAAAGACCAAUAUAGUCGUGAAAAACGCAAGUGGAGAUACCAUGAAGAUAUAUGGAAAGCUUAAAUGCAAGAUUACCAUGAAAGGUGUCACUACUGAAGGAGACGCCUAUGUGACGCCGCAUAGCUCACUCUUGGGUCUCGAAUGGAUUCGAGCAAAUGAGAAUUUGAUGUACCACAUAGAAAUGAUGGCUGAAGUGAAGGCCAACUGCAACCCCAGACAGAGGAAUCAGAAAACUCAAGAGAAACUGUCAGAGGAUACGUUCAAUGUUAUGCUGCAAGCACACCGACACAGAUGUCUUGAGGACAGAACUGAAUCAUCGACAAGGUUGUACGCCGAAGAAAAUGGAAGGAAGAUGAAGCAGCAAUACGACAGGAGAAACGGUUCUAUUUCGAAGGAAUUCCAUAAGGGAGACGACGUGUACGCGCAGAUGUGGAAAGCCCCACACUCCACAUGGAAGCAAGGAGUUGUCGCAAAACGCCUUGGGAAGGUCAACUAUGAGGUCCCCGUGGAAGGAAGACUGAUGCGGAAACACGCAAACCAAUUACGACACAGCAACACAAGGACAAGCUGGAAUCGUGUAGACAAAUCGUUGAAAACCCUGCUCGACAUGUUAGAAUUGGAUGACAAUAGGCUAAGAAGCAACGACGAGACUGCUAGUGACUUGGACGAAUUCGCUGAUCGUAUGACUAGGAAUGACAUCGGUCCGCAGGCAAGUUUCGGAGGUGGAGAUGUUCCACCAGUGGGAGACAACAGAAAUCAAAGCGUUGUGCUCGUUCAUGGGCUUGCUGCCAGCGCAGGCACCCUCGAACCCCAGCGGCAAUACCUUCUAAAGGCAGGUUUAGCUUCCAAUAUGUGA